GACGCGCUGAGUGAGGAUGAUGUUGGUGCCAGUCUGACGGUCAGCAGAGUGUGUUCAGUGCUACGGUUCAGGAUGAAUAGGAAGAAAGGAGACAAAGGAUUUGAAAGCCCAAGACCCUAUAAAUUAACUCAUCAGGUAGUUUGUAUCAACAACAUAAAUUUUCAGAGAAAGUCUGUUGUAGGUUAUGUGGAACUCACAAUAUUUCCCACAGUGGCAAACCUGAACAGAAUCAAGCUGAACAGUAAGCAGUGCAGGAUUUACAGAGUGAGAGUCAAUGAUUUAGAAGCAGCUUUCAUCUAUAACGAUCCCACACUGGAGGUCUGUCACCAUGAGUCAAAGCAGAGGAAUCUCAACUAUUUCUCCAAUGCCUAUGCUGCCGCUGUCAGUGCUGUGGACCCAGAUGCUGGAAACGGAGAGCUCUGCAUUAAGGUUCCCUCGGAGCUGUGGAAACAUGUUGAUGAGUUAAAAGUCCUGAAGGUGCAUAUAAACUUUUCUCUGGACCAGCCAAAAGGAGGCCUUCAUUUUGUGGUACCCAACAUGGAGGGCAACAUGGCUGAAAGAGGGGCUCAUGUCUUUUCAUGUGGUUAUCAAAAUUCUACAAGAUUUUGGUUUCCUUGUGUGGAUUCAUACUCUGAGUUGUGUACCUGGAAACUUGAGUAUACUGUAGAUGCUGCAAUGGUUGCUGUUUCAAAUGGAGAUUUGGUGGAAACUGUUUACACCCAUGAUAUGAGAAAGAAGACUUUUCAUUACAUGUUGACUAUUCCAACUGCAGCUUCUAACAUCUCCUUGGCAAUUGGACCUUUUGAAAUUCUUGUUGAUCCAUACAUGCAUGAGGUGACUCACUUUUGCUUACCACAACUUCUCCCACUGCUCAAACAUACCACGUCAUACCUUCAUGAGGUGUUUGAAUUUUAUGAGGAGAUUCUUACCUGCCGCUAUCCUUACUCCUGUUUCAAAACUGUUUUUAUAGAUGAAGCUUAUGUUGAAGUAGCUGCUUAUGCAUCCAUGAGUAUUUUCAGCACAAAUCUCUUGCACAGUGCAAUGAUUAUAGAUGAAACUCCACUGACAAGGAGAUGCUUGGCACAGGCCCUGGCCCAGCAAUUCUUUGGAUGUUUCAUAUCCAGAAUGUCCUGGUCAGAUGAAUGGGUGCUAAAGGGAAUCUCUGGUUACAUUUACGGGCUUUGGAUGAAAAAGACCUUUGGUGUUAAUGAGUAUCGCCACUGGAUUAAACAGGAGCUAGAUCAAAUCGUGGCAUACGAACUGAAGACUGGAGGAGUUUUACUGCAUCCAAUAUUCGGAGGAGGAAAAGAGAAAGACAACCCUGCUUCACAUUUACAUUUUUCUAUCAAACACCCUCAUACACUGUCCUGGGAAUAUUACACUAUGUUCCAAUGUAAAGCACAUCUUGUUAUGAGACUGAUUGAGAACAGAAUUAGCAUGGAGUUCAUGUUACAGGUUUUCAACAAGUUGUUGAGUCUGGCCAGUACUGCUUCAUCUCAGAAGUUCCAGUCACACAUGUGGAGUCAGAUGUUGGUUUCCACAUCUGGGUUUUUGAAAUCUAUCUCAAAUGUCUCAGGCAAAGACAUCCAACCUUUAAUAAAGCAGUGGGUAGAUCAGAGUGGAGUGGUAAAAUUUUAUGGUAGCUUUGCAUUUAAUAGAAAACGGAAUGUAUUGGAAUUGGAAAUAAAACAAGAUUACACAUCUCCUGGGACUCAGAAAUAUGUGGGUCCUCUUAAAGUGACAGUGCAAGAACUUGAUGGCUCAUUCAACCAUACAUUGCAGAUUGAAGAAAACAGUCUUAAGCAUGAUAUACCUUGCCAUUCUAAAAGCAGAAGAAAUAAGAAGAAAAAGAUUCCACUGAUGAAUGGAGAAGAGGUGGACAUGGAUCUUUCUGCUAUGGAUGCUGAUUCCCCCUUGCUCUGGAUAAGAAUAGAUCCUGAUAUGUCAGUACUGAGGAAGGUGGAAUUUGAACAGUCUGAUUUCAUGUGGCAGUAUCAGCUGAGAUAUGAGAGAGAUGUGGUGGCACAAGAAGAAGCCAUUCUGGCACUGGAAAAGUUCCCUACUCCGGCAUCCCGGCUUGCGCUGACUGACAUCCUGGAGCAGGAGCAAUGCUUCUACCGGGUCAGAAUGCUGGCCUGCUUCUGCCUUGCAAAGAUUGCAAAUUCCAUGGUAAGUACGUGGACAGGACCACCAGCCAUGAAGUCACUCUUUACCCGAAUGUUUUGUUGUAAGACUUGUCCAAACAUUGUGAAGACCAACAACUUCAUGAACUUUCAGAGCUACUUUCUUCAAAAGACUAUGCCUGUUGCCAUGGCCCUUCUGAGAGAUGUUCACAACCUUUGUCCUAAGGAGGUUUUAAUGUUUAUUUUGGAUUUGAUCAAGUAUAACGAUAACAGGAAGAAUAAGUUUUCAGACAACUACUACCGUGCUGAGCUGAUUGAUGCCCUGGCCAACUCUGUGACUCCUGCAGUCAGUGUGAACAAUGAAGUUCGAACAUUGGAUAACUUAAAUCCUGAUGUACGACUUAUUCUUGAGGAAAUUACACGUUUUCUGAAUAUGGAGAAGCUUCUUCCCAGUUACAGACAUACUAUCACAGUCAGCUGUUUAAAAGCUAUUCGAGUGCUUCAGAAGAAUGGUCAUGUCCCAAGUGAUCCUGCUCUCUUCAAGUCCUACGCAGAGUACGGGCACUUCGUCGAUGUCCGGAUAGCAGCGCUGGAGGCUGUUGUUGAUUAUACCAAAGUUGAUAGGAGCUAUGAAGAACUACAGUGGCUACUCUCUAUGGUUCAAAGUGAUCCUGUACCCUACAUAAGGCAUAAGAUUUUGGAUAUGCUGACUAAGAAUCCACCUUUCACCAAGAAUAUGGAGUCCCCCUUAUGUAAUGAAGCUUUGGUAGAUCAGCUUUGGAAACUGAUGAAUUCAGGAACUUCACAUGACUGGAGAUUACGAUGUGGUGCUGUGGACCUCUAUUUCACACUCUUUGGCCUCAGCAGACCUUCCUGUUUACCAUUACCAGAGCUUGGACUUGUUCUUAACCUGAAAGAAAAGAAGGCUGUACUCAAUCCAACGAUUAUCCCUGAAUCAGUUGCAAAUAAUCAGGAACCUGUGAACAGUUCUAACAAUCAUGGGCAGCCAGUGGGAUUUCAGAACACCGAGGAUGAUCAUCUUAUUAAGGAAACAGCAUCCAGCAUUUCUGGUCAUCAGCAGGGGGUGAAGAGGAAGGCUGAUAUGCCACUCGGGUCUCCAUUGGAGCCAGGGCAAAUACUAGAGAAGAAUGAAGACAGUAAAGUCAAACUCAAAAUCAGAUUCUCAAACUCUCAAGAGGAAGAGGAAAUUGAUAUGGACACAGUUCAUGACAGCCAAGCCUUCAUUUAUCAUCAUUUGAAUAUGCUGGAGAGACCAUCCACACCAGGUAAGGAACAAUCUUCAGGAGAGAUAAACAUGCACCCUGUCUCAGCAGCUCCGCUCUCUGUGUUUAGCAAAGAAUCAAACUCCUCGAAACACAGCGAUCACCAUCACCAUCACCACCAUGAGCACAAGAAAAAGAAGAAGAAACACAAGCAUAAGCAUAAGCAUAAACAUAAACAUGAUACUAAAGAAAAGGAAAAGGAUCCCUUUGUUUUCUCUAACAGUCCAGCCAGUGCACGAUCAAUCCGUUCCCCAUCACUUUCAGACUGAUACUGAUGACUUCUCUGGAGUUCAACUUGGACUACUCUUGGAGUGCUUAGAAGGAUGUACAUAACUAUAGCUUCUAUCUUUUUUUAUGGAACUAAGAAUAUGUGAAUUGUCAUAGCAAUUCAGAAGCUCUGCCACCUUUGAAGCCUUCUUUUUGCAUGUGUGGUUGUUGAAAUCUGAUUCAAAAAAUAUGGUUUAUGAUUCUGACUCAUUUUGUAUUUCACUGUUCUCCACACCUCCCACUCUUUUUUCCAUUUUAAACAAAGAAAACAGCCCUUUAUGUAAGGGCCCCAUGUCCACUGGCAACCCCCUGCACAUCACGCUUACCAUGUGUAUUGCCAGAAUCAAUUAUGGUUUAAACCUUUGAAGAACAUUAGAGGCAGAGUAUGUUUUAAGCAGAAGCCAAUUGCCAAGCCUUUGGUGACAGACUGUUUCCAGAGUAGUAUUGUAUAACUAAGUGUAGAUCUCCUCAAAAGACAGGGAUUUUCUUUAGUCUUCAGCUGACCUGUUUCUUGCUUUAACCAUUGCAACAUAAUGUCAGACUUCUAAAAGAACAACAGUAUGUAGAGCAUUUGCAUUUUUCAGAUACUAAAACUCUUGAAAAAUUCCAGCCUGCUUUUAAGCUGGUGGUAUUUAUUAUGGAUAUGAACCUUUUAAUAUGAAUAAAUUCUGCAAUUGUUUUUGGAAUUUUAGCAAAACGCAUAAUGCAUGUUUUGUCCUGUAAUCAGGCUUUUAAAAAUCCAAUAAAGUUUGCGAAUUAUU